CCCUCUCCGCUGCUGUUGACCCUCUCGGUACGCCGCCGCAGCAUCCGAUAAUCACAAAAUUUGUCUUGCACAUGCGCUCCAUCGGAGUCAACAACACUCACACACACAUAGGUACUUUACAUGUACAUAACAUGUAAUGCGUACUUAUAUAUAAUAUAAAAUAUAUAUAAUAACGCGGACAGCGAUCUCUCCGUACGCCGCCUCGUGACGUGGUGUUAUAUACUUUGUACAUGAGUAUAUAACGUACGUUUUACUCAAGUUUUAGUGACAGUAUUAUGGUUGUACAUGAUAUUAUAGUAGUACGCCGACAACGCCGCCUCCUGCAGCAGUCCACUCACGCGUGGAAUAUACAACACAUCAACGCGUCAACACGUCUAAGACGCGAUUUCAGAAACGGUGGGACCCGUAUUUUGAAAAGCUAUGAUAGGCUUGAAACUGGACAAUGAUGAUUUAUCUAAGAUUUUCCCUAAGUGUCGCCCAUCUACUGUACGAUCUACAGACUUAAAUUUAAAUCCCCUCUGUGACGACGACACAGACAAUGAUAUGGAUUUGACUCAGUCAAAUGAACGUCAAAGAAAUAGGUGUGAUAACAUACGUGGAAAUGGUACUAGAAAACGUAGCAUUCGUGGAAUAAGAAAAUUUCGAACUCGCAGAAGAAGUGAUAGUGAUGCUAGUCAAGAUUCAUCAUUAGAAACUAGUAUUGAAGAUGAUGAGGAAGAAAUUAAUGAAAACAUGGAUGAAGACGAUGAUGAUGAAUCCGAUAUCAAAAAUGCAUCUAGUGAAUCCGGGGGCAUGUGUAAUGUGGACAUUGGGGCGACUAAUCGAACAAGAAACUCCAAUAAAAUCAAUUUGACAUCACAACAAUCUACCUAUAAAUUGAGAGAUUCAAGAAUAAUAGAAAUAGCUGGAGGUCGAGAAGUCUAUAGUCAAAGUCGAAGUAAACCUGGGCGAAAAACUCGUCAAUUACCUUUGCCUACAGAAGUUGAUUGGAUCAAAUCACCUGGCCGGGUAUGGGAACUUCGCAAUAGAGGACUUGAUGUUUCUAGUACUGAAUCUUCACGAGAGAUUUCUGAAGCAGUAUUUUCUACUGAUGUAAAACCUACCAAACAUCAACGACCAUUAUCUUUAGAAUUAGAUGAUCCAGUUUUGUUUGAUGAUAUACAUAAUGAUAUGUGGGAUAAAGUUCAACACGAUGCUUCAAUCGGGCACUACGGGAUGCAUCAUCAUAAAAAUACGUACCAAACAAUUGAUUCUUGUCAACACCAUUUAAAUUAUAAAACUAGUCAAAAUGGUGAUUUAAAUAUGAUUGCAAAUAGUAAUCGUUCAGAAAUAUCUAGCACUGAGAACACUGAUGGAUUAGUUAGGUCUCAAUGUGAAGUUCAGGCAAAUGAUUUUAAUGGAUCACCGAAACAAUACAGGGAGGAAGAACAAUCAAUGCCAUCUUUAUUAUCAUCUCCUACACUGUAUAUGCCUCGACCGGGAUUUCCUCAAAGAGUGAUUCAAGAUGAUUCUAGGUCUUCCAGUCCAUCUCCAACUAUGAAUUUCGAUUAUUUGUAUGAAUUUUCAGAGACUAGAAAAGUUUUAGAAGAAUUCUUUAAAUCUGGAGCUGAAAAUCAAGAUACUCAACAGUUACAAUUCCAGGAUUUGGAGUAUGAAUUGCGAAGAAGAAUACCAGUUUCUGAACAAGGUAAUACAUAUGUUGGUAUGCAUCUAUCAAAUGAAGAUGUCCACAAAAAUUCACAGUUAUCCCCACAUAAACACGAUUCUUCAUCAGAUGGUUCUCGAUGUUUAGCUGGAGUUCAUCAAAGUUGUGUUGGAAGGUAUAGUCGUAAUGUAACUUUAUCACCUGAAGUAACAGACUGUGAAGAUGCUGGUAUGGGUAGUGAUGGUGAAUCAUCAUCUAUGGUAGAUGGUCAACACCUAAUUCCAUUAUGUGGUGUAACCUGUAUCACCAUGCCAGUUUUAGAAGAUGGAUUGUCUAGUGGUCAUACUAGUGAUACAGAUAAUAAUAAUCCAACUGUAUUGUUAAUGAAAAGACAAAUUAGUGAGAUUGAAAGGGAAAUUAUAGAACGUACAAAUAGAGCCAGUAAAUGUGAUAGCAUUGAUGCAAAUACAAGUGAGAUGGUACAUUCCAAUAGCCAAGAAACUGGAAUUCAGUUAUUGGAUUCACUAGUGAGACCCGAUGAGAGCAGAACUCCUCCUCCACCAGCACCAACAGCACAUCGCAGUGCCAAUGAAUCUGCUGAUUUGGUUGAAGCUGCUAUUCAUGAAAUAAGAUCUAGUCUUAGACAAACAAAACCCUUGAAAACUACUAAUGUGGAUGAUGAUAUAUCUCCAGGUUGCAGCCCUAGCAAAGAUAGUACGAAUUCAAAUACUGCCAAAACUGAAGAUUUGCCUAUUUGGGUACCAAGGCAUAGAGGAACUGGAUCUGGACCUAGUGGUGACGAAGAAGAAGCUGAUACAGACUUAGAAACAGAUAGACUUUUAGGACAACAAAGAACUGAUGACACUGGAUUCUUUGAUGAAAAAUCUGACUGGAAGAAGUCAAAAACACGGUCUAUAUUACCGUUUAGUUUGACGUCGUCGUCAAGCAAUACGUCCACACAUCCUACACCCGUAGAACCGGCUGCUAUAAUUGAAAAACCAUUCAUCGUAACCCAAACCCUUAACCCUGCAAAAAAGGAGAAAGAUGGAACUAAGAAGAAAGCUCGCAAUAAAGAAGGAAUACCUCAACACCAAACAGUUAUGAUUCAUGAACCUGCAGUAUUAAUUGAAGGUGUAUUAUUCCGAGCACGCUACUUGGGUUCUACGCAGUUGGCUUGUGAAGGGCAACCGACAAAAAGUACUAGGAUGAUGCAAGCCGAAGAAGCAGUGUCUAGAAUAAAAGCUCCUGAUGGCGAGACUCAACCAAGUACAGAAGUGGAUCUUUUCAUAUCAACUGAAAAAAUAAUGGUUCUCAACACUGACUUGAAAGAAAUCAUGAUGGAUCAUGCCCUCAGGACCAUUUCUUAUAUAGCCGAUAUUGGUGAACUGGUUGUGUUAAUGGCCCGAAGACGUUGUUUUCUUACACACCAAGCAUCUGAAUCCACCACAGAAACUGCAUUAGUGCCUUCAAGUGUAAACGGCGUUGACAAAACAGCCAACAACAGAACUCCCAAAAUGAUAUGCCACGUUUUUGAAAGUGAUGAAGCACAGUUUAUUGCCCAAUCUAUUGGUCAGGCCUUUCAAGUGGCAUAUAUGGAAUUCUUAAAAGCAAACGGCAUCGAAGAUCAUAGUUUUGUCAAAGAAAUGGACUAUCAAGAAGUAUUAAAUUCACAAGAAAUAUUUGGAGAUGAAUUGCAAAUGUUUGCAAAAAAAGAAUUGCAAAAAGAAGUUGUAGUGCCCAAAUCUAAAGGUGAAAUACUCGGUGUUGUUAUUGUUGAGUCGGGUUGGGGUUCAAUGUUACCUACUGUUGUGAUAGCCAACCUGGCUCCAGCUGGAGCUGCUGCACGUUGUGGUCAGUUAAAUAUUGGUGACCAAAUCAUUGCUAUUAAUGGUGUAUCACUAGUUGGCCUCCCAUUGUCCACUUGUCAAAAUUAUAUCAAGAAUUCUAAACCUCAAACAGUGAUUAAAUUAACUGUUGUUCCAUGUGCCCCUGUGGUCGAAGUGAAAAUAAAAAGACCUGACACAAAAUACCAACUUGGUUUUAGUGUUCAAAAUGGUGUGAUAUGCAGUUUACUUCGUGGUGGAAUUGCAGAACGUGGUGGGGUACGAGUUGGCCAUAGAAUUAUUGAAAUAAACAAUCAAAGUGUGGUAGCUGUGCCACAUGAAAAAAUUGUCAACCUGUUGGCAACUUCAGUCGGUGAAAUUUUGAUGAAAACAAUGCCAACAUCCAUGUUUCGUCUUCUUACUGGUCAAGAGACACCUGUAUUCAUCUAGUCUUAAAACAUGAAUAGUCUAUACAAUGAAUGUAUAAAUAAUUUGCCAUUAUGAGUUUAAGUUAUAAGUAUAUUUGUGAGAUGUUGCAGUAUUACUCAACAAAAUAUAUUGUACACAUUAGGUUUUGUAUCUCUCUGAACAGUUGUUACACUACCUGGUCAGUUUGUGGACUAGUAAAGGGUUCUUGCGCAAUUUUGCAGGUAUCUUCUCCCAUUUCCUUUUUAAUCAUAAAUAUUAUCAAGGAUUGAAAAAAAGAAAGUAAUAUGGAAACAACAAUUUUCCAAAUAUUGUUUGAUUUUAAUUUUCAAUUUAUGUUUUUUGUUAUUAUUUUGUGCAUUUUGAGAUUCCAAAACUCUAAAAAAUUAAAGAGAACAUCUGCAUGAUGAUUUUAAUAUACAUCGCGUACACAUUUAAAACACAAUUUAUCAAAUAUUGCCAUAUCACAAAAAAUUAUUAUAUUAUUGUAUUAUACAUUGAAUUGUUUUUCUAAGUCUAAUCAAUCUAAUUAAGGUCCUACUUUUUAUUUUUCAUACAUUAUGUUUAUUUUUUAUAUACUUUUAUUUGGUAUUUUUUAUUAUUAUUUUUUUAAUGUUGUUGUUAUUUUAUUUUUUAUUUGUGAUAAUUACUUUAUUGCUAAUGCAUAUGACAUUGCUGUAGCAUUGUAUUCAUUUAUACUUUGACCAACAGCAUUGUAAGCACAACAGCAUUGUCGUCAUUUGAACAACUCAAAUUUACGUAUCAUACAUAAAAUGUGUCUAUGGACGCAUUAGCUGUGACAAUUCUAAUUCCUAAUUAUUCUAGUCAUUGUCGUGAAUGAACAUGUUAUGAUGUAAUUUUUAAUCCUAAUAUUUAUUGUGGUCAUUAGACUUAAAUAUUAUGUAUUAUAAUAAAAAUAAAAUAAAUAUUUAAAAUAUAUAUUUAUUAUAUAAUAUGUUAAUACAUAAUAAUAUAUUAAUAUGUAUAAUGUUUACAAAA